UAGAACGUUCACUGGGAUCAAUGUUGCUCAAAUUCGGCCCAGAUUAAGUAUUAGUUGUGCUAUGUGGACUAGUUAAUACAGUCGGUUCAAAUAAGGAAGGGAGCCAUCCAGAUGGUUUAUCGAUCAGAUUUGCGGAGUGUGCGCAUGAUGCCCUGAAAACACUACCAUCGGUGUCUUCAGUAGCCAGCAAGCAGUCCCCCAAAACUAGCUGAAAUUGAAGAAUUUGAAGGCAAAAUGUCCGAAUCUGGACAUAGCCAACCUGGCAUGUACGGACAGGGACGGAGGAGAAGGCGACGGCGAGACCGGGAACCCGGUCCUCCUGGACAGAACCUGUCUGGUCCGGGACGUGAGCGGGAGUAUGUCCCCCGAGAGCGCAGGGAUGGCAGCGAAGAGCCACCUGGUCCCGUUCUUCAAAAGACCCCCAUCAUACUCGCAAAACCCCCUGGAGAGAGGACCAAGCCCAGUCAGAGCGCCCCGAUAAGCGCGCCCAUGGAAAAGCCAAUCAUGCUUAUUAAAACCAGGGAGGAAGGAGGGAAGCCGGGGACCCCUCCUGACGUGACCCCUCCAGCCCCUGGCCCCGGCGCUGCCAAGUUAGAGAGGGAGGGCCAGCGUCCAACCCAGCCUGUGUACCAGAUUCAGAACAGGGGCAUGGGCUCAGCUGCAUCCAGCAGUGCAGUAGACCCUGUGAUUGGCCAGACCAAGCUCCUCCCUCCUGAGAAAAUGAAGCACAGCAUCAAGCUGGUGGAUGACCAGAUGAAUUGGUGUGACAGUGCUAUGGAGUAUCUGAGGGACCAAACGGACAUGCUGGUUGUUGGCGUUAUCGGCCUGCAGGGAACAGGCAAAUCCACAGUCAUGUCACUGCUGUCGGCCAACACACCGGAAGAGGACCAGAGGGCAUAUGUGUUCAGGGCACAGAGUCAAGAGAUCAAGGAGAGAGGGGGUAACCAAAGCAGCGGAAUUGACUUCUACAUCACCCAGGAGAGAGUCAUCUUCUUGGACACACAGCCCAUUUUGAGUCCCUCAAUUUUGGAUCAUCUCAUCAAUAAUGACCGCAAGCUGCCACCAGAGUAUAAUCUUCCUCAUACUUAUGUGGAGAUGCAGUCUCUGCAGAUCACUGCUUUUCUCUUCACUGUGUGCCAUGUGGUGAUUGUGGUGCAGGACUGGUUCACUGACAUCAACCUCUACAGGUUUCUCCAGACCGCAGAGAUGCUGAAGCCGUCGACACCCUCCGCCAGUCAUGACAGCACGGGCUCCUCUGGCUCCGACGAGGGAUCGGAGUACUACCCCCACAUCGUGUUCCUGCAGAACAAAGCCAAGCGAGAUGAGUUCUGUCCACGGAACUUAAAGAAGAUGCAUAUGGCGGUGGACAAGCUGAUGGCACACUCCCACCUCAAGUACAAAGGCACUCUGUCCAUGCUGGACUGUAACAUUUUCCCGGGCCUGGGGCGGGAUUACCUGGAGACCGAGGUUAACCUUUUCCUGCUGCCUCUGCUGGAGAAUGAGGGGGAGGACGCCUUGACAAGAGCAGGGUCAGCCACUGCCCCACUGUUCUCCCUGCUGCCUGGGUACAGAGGGCACCCCAGCUUCUCCUCGCUGGUCUCCAAGUUACGCAGCCAAGUCCUGGCCAUGUCCCGCUGCCAGCUUUCCCACACCAUCCUCACUGAAAAGAACUGGUUCCACUACGCGGCCCGGAUCUGGGAUGGGGUGAAAAAGUCCUCGGCACUCUCUGAAUACAGUCGUCUGCUUUCAUAGCGU